AAGAAGGAGUAAAGAGACAGUAGCAAUAUAGAAAAGAAAAAAGGCAGCAGAAGGAGGAGAAAAAGUCAGAGAAGGAGAAGGCUUUUUUAAACAUCCUGAUUAUUUGGAGUACCUUUGAGAGACACACACACACACACACACACACACACACACACACACACACACACACACACACAUUCCUGACUGAUGCUCCUGCUGGAUGGACCAACACCAUCUCCUCCUCCACCUCCAGCUGUGCACAUAGAAGACCGACCUCUGCGACCAGACAUGCAUUUCUGCUAUGUGGGGGACCACACGUGGGUGACCAUGUUGGGUCAGAGUGUGCGGUUACAGCCUGUGCCGAUCCAGAGCCUGUCAGAGCUGGAGCGAGCCAGGUUACAGGAAGUUGCCUUGUACCAUCUGGAGGAGAGGGACCUGGACUUCAAGAUUAGCAUCCCGAAAGAAAUACGCAAACGGAGAAAAUCUCUACGCAGGAAGUUUGACUCCUUUUCAAAGGAAAAGAGGGAGCGAGAAUCUGCCCCCAAGGCAUUCGGCAUCCCCCUCUCCCAGGUCAUCGCCAAUGACCGAGCCUACAAGAUUCGGCAAGACGCCCUGAAGGAGAGCAGGCGAGACUGUCUGGACCUGGAAGCCAGCAUCCUGCGCUUCAGGGCCGAGAAGAGGCAGUUCUUCAACGGGAACAAGCCGCUGGUCAGCUCCUCUUCGAUCACAGGAGGAGGUCCCAGCUCGCCAUCAGCUAAUUCGGUGGCACCGGCGCCCAUAUUUGAGACCCAGAACAAACCAAUGUCGCCUACGUUUCUGGAUAACACCGGCCGAGGACAGAGGAGGGGCGGUCUGUCAGUAGACUCCAUCUCCGACCUUGUAGAGAGCCAGUCUCGCCUGCUGGAGGCGCUGCAGCUCUCCCACCCGGCCGAGCUGGAGCUGAAGAAGUCACCAGGUGGCAGCAGCUCAUCAGAGAAAAGGACCCAGACCAAGCUCAGCCUCAACCCCAUCUACAGACAGGUGCCCCGGGUGGUGGAGAGGUGCUGCAAUCACAUCGAGACCUACGGUCUUCAGACUGUGGGAAUUUUCCGAGUUGGUAGCUCCAAGAAGAGAGUGAGACAGCUGCUUGAGGACUUUGACAUGGGGGUGGACGUCCAACUGGAUGAGGAGCAAAGCGUCCAUGACGUGGCAGCGCUGCUCAAAGAGUUUCUCAGAGACAUCCCUGAUCCUCUGCUGACCAGAGAGCUCUACCCGGCCUUCCUGCACGCCACCUUGCUGAGGGGAGCGGACCAGCUUCAGUACCUGCAGCACCUCCUCUACCUGCUGCCUCCCUGUAACUGCGACACUCUGCUGCGACUCCUCAGCCUGUUACACACAGUGCAGAGCUUCGCCCAGGACAGCAUAGGAACAAAUGACGAGGAGAUCCCCGGCAACAAAAUGACAGCUGCGAACCUGGCGGUGAUCUUUGGGCCCAACCUGCUGCAAAGGGAAAGAGGAGGAGAUAUGAGCCCUCACGCGAUGGGGAUUGAGGACAGCACUGCAAUCAUCAAUGUGACCCUGGUGCUCAUACAGAACUACAAGAGGCUCUUCACAGUUUCUGCAGAGCUGCAACAGGAGGUCCUGAUGAGUCUGAUCCAGACAGACCCAGACAUCAUCGACUAUCUGCUGCGUAGGAAACUCAGCGGCAGUCACCUGACAGUGGAGAGCAGCAGUGAGUCAGGAGGUCGUCGGGAUACAGGGGCGUCUCUGGACUCUGUGGGAGCGUCUAGUGGGAGUUUGUCUCCGCUGGAGCCUCCAUCACCACUUUUCCCACCCGAUGGCAGCGGUGGUGAGGGCAGCCUGACGAGCGAGGUCUUCCUCAACGUUCUCAAACUGAACCAGAACAGGAAGCGUCAGGAAGCAAGAUACGGUGACGCCCCUUCAGGUAAAUCCAUCCGCCACAUGCGCCAGUUCCACUCCCACCACAACUUGCUCAGCCUGGCGCAGCCCUCCAGAGGCCACGGUCAGGAACACGACUCCCAGGACCGCAGCAGGGGCCCACUGGGCUCUGCACUGAGCUUCACACUGGCAGGCGUCAGCAGUGGCAGCUGCUCCAGUCUGACCGGAUCGACAGAGAACAGUAUCUGGGUGAGACAGACGCCGCAGGAGGAGAGCAAACCAUCACCGGCCUCUAAUUUCUGGGACUUCUUUACGGGGAAAGGGUCGAGCUCGGAGACGAUGGUAUGAUGAAGGGUGAGAAGAGGAAGAACAUGAAGGGAAGGAGUGUGUGUGUGUGCUUGUGCUGAUGCUGUCAGAGGUCAGAAAUCCCCCCAAAAAUUUGUCAGAUUUCCUGUUACAUUUGCAACAGACACACGUGCUGAUUUAAAAGGAUGUUAAGAUCCAAUAAUAUUAAAAAUCUAAAAGUGUAUUUCUAGUGAUACAGAAGUGAUAACAUAAAUCCUCUGCAGCACUUCAUGCUCCUAAUAUCUCCACUGAAUUCUCAAAGCCUACCUGACCUUAGGACUUUAAGGGAGCAUGCUGUUGAAGAUCUUCCCUGAUGGAAGUUGGUAUUUUCUGGCAUCUCUGGAACGCAGCACGUGUAUGAAUGUAUAGUUGGGACACAGAAGAGGAAGGACAUUUUGGAAAAACGCAUCAAAAACUUUUUUCUUUUUUUAAAAAGACAUUGGAUUUGUGACAGAAAUUGUUGCAAACUUUUAAGCACGGCUCACUCUGACUGACGUGGACAAAAUUAAAUGAAGGAAACAAGACUGACAAACUCUGUUUAUGAGAUUAUAUGAAAGUGGAUGCAGUAAUAAUUGUGAUGUACAUAUUGUGUACAUGAUGUAUUCAUAAUUUUACACACACAACUCUUGUCUGUACUGCGUAGAACUGUGUUACUAUGUGUAGCUGCAUGGACUCUACUAACACUUCUUUAUCUGAUACCUGUACUGAUAUCAUACCAGACUGUUUUUUUGUUGUUUUCCUGUAACCUGCAGUAAGCUACAUUCACUAUCAAUGUAAUGUACAAUUCAGCUAUCUAACAUUCAGCUAGCAUCCAAAACACCUUACGAUGACUCUGCAAAACAAAAAAUAAACAUAUUAAAGCCAGAACUUUGCUAAAUGUAUUUAUAGAUAGACAUCAGUUAAGUUUAUUUUAACACCAUUUACGUUGCUGUAUUUUAACAUGUGGUAAUGUCAUUUAUAUUGAAAUACAGUCAGUAAAAUGGAGUUGAAAUAACAGUCAUACAUAAACUAGAUGUCUACAAGGGUUUAAGGUUUAUACCAAAGUCAUCUGUUUUAAGUAGAAAUAUUUUGACCUGCAAACCACCACAUCACUGCUUAUUAAGAAAGUGCAUCUAUGUUAGUUUAAGCUAACAGUUAUUUUCAUUAUCAGUCAAUUUAUCAAUUUAUUGUUUCAAAAAAUUUUGAAAAUGAAUUUUUUUGGCUUUAUAAAUGACUUAUUAACAAUCAAUUAUCAAUAGUUUAUCAACUGAUGGGCAUUUAAUCUGUUUUUGACACACAUGUAAACCUGCUCAUCGUCGACAAACAAGACAAUCGAGUCAAACACUAAAUCGGGUGUGUACAGGCACUUUUUGUCAUCUCUCAAAAUUUAAAAUUUCAAUGUUAACAUCAGGACAUUCCCCUCAAAGAGCCCACAAAGUGUUAAAUACCUUAUCUUAGUGGUUCCCAACUGGUGGGUUGCAGUCCAAAAGUGGGUCGUGGGUCCAUUCUGAAUGGACCCCAGGUGACCUUGAACUAAUAACUAAGAGGAAAUUUGGACCCCGUGGCUGGACCAGUUGGGAACCCCCGCCUUAUAUCAUAUGUAGACAAUUUUAUAAUGCCUGAGUUUAAAGCACAGUACCAUGUUUGCUGUAUUUUAAGGAGCUCUGCAACAGGACCUAUUCACUCCAGAAAUAUGAACUUUAGAGAAUCCAGACCAAGAAUUUGGACACAACAGUUAUGAUGGAAACACGUUGAUACACUUGGAAUCUGUUAUCAAUCCCAUAAAAACAGAUGUUCACCAGCUGACAAAUUUCUGAGCACACAAACAGCUGCGCAUUCCACUACGCACUGAUGUGGUGAUUUGCAACCAAGUCAAAAUAUCAAACCUGGGCCAGAGUUGGUUGAUAUGUUAAUGUUUUAUGUCUAGGUCAGACGUUUCGCAUCACCUUGUCUCCUAGGGCUUCAGUACAGUGUCUUCAUAUGACCCCUUACCCAAAAGUUGCUCACACAUUUUGAACUCUAACCUCCAGACUUCUUGGCAUUUCUCAGAGGUCAGAUGCUGCAUUCAAAUCUCAUGAGUCACAGUAACAACCGUUACUGUCUUUUCAGUCGCAUCUAUGUCAAUAUCCAUUCAAGAUUGCAACUGGGAUAUUCAAAUUUUUCUGAAAGAUCCCAAUAAAAUUGACUUGAUUUCUUUUAAAAACAUGGGAGGGCCCAAAAGAAGGCCAUGAGCAAUGAAAGGAAAAACGACCCAAAAAAUUAGAAAAAAAUAGGAAGAAAUGAGUUAAAAGAGAAAAUAAAAAGAGUGCUUAAAAUUAUAAUAAUAAUGUGAGAUAAUUUUAGAAUAUGAAAAUAAUUAUAAAUACAGUUUUCCCUAGCUUUUUUCUUUUCCUCUAUUUUUUUCAAUAUAAUUUUCUAAAUUCUAAAAUGUUUUGCAAUUUGUGGGACAUUUCUCACCAUGGUAAACUUUACAAUCAAAUUUUUACCAUUUCUACUAUGAAUUCAAUAAUUUUUCCCCGUUAAAGGGUUUUUUGGGGGAGUUUUUCCUUAUCCGCUGCAAGGGUCAUAAGGACAGAGGGAUGUCGUAUGCUGUAAAGCCCUGUGAGGCAAAUUGUGAUUUGUGAUAUUGGGCUUUAUAAAUAAAAUUGAAUUGAAAUUGAAUUGAAUUCAAUAUUAUGUGACUGUGACAUAAACUUGUUCAGUAUUUCACAAGGUAAAAGCAACAAUAAAAAAGUAAAAUAAAAAAUUAAUGUUAUUUUCUCCAGUAGAACUUGUUUAUGCCUCAAAGAAAUAAAGGUCUUUCAUUGUUUCAAGUGCUCUGAAACAUUUAAAAUUGAACAUCCACAAUUACAAACUGCAGACUGUGCAAUUCCACCUCCUUUGGAAGAUAGCAUUGUAUAGUUGAAACUAAAUUUGACCUUUGGUUACCAAGGUCAAGAAUGAAUUAUUUCUUAUCAAGCCAGUCAUCUUGGGGACCUCUGAUCUAGGCUGUUCCAACAACUCUCCAAUACCCAUAUUUCAGUGUAAAGCAGUACUUGAAAUACUGUUGAAACAAUGGCUAUAUGUCUAAAAACCUUUAACCUGUCAACCAAAUUUUGCCCUGGACGUCUAGACAUCUCUCCACCUGAAUCUGAAUACCUUUAAAGAAAUGUGGAGGCAUGAAUAUCUGUUUGUCAUAUUGUCAUAGAGUGUAGUUGCCUGGCUGUAACCACAGGAGGGCGACAUUCUCCACAUAAGUGCAACCUUAAACUCUCUCAUUGCUUUUCCUAUUAUCCACAGACUCAUAUAAUGUUGGUCAAAUAUAUAGAUUAAAUGUAUUAGGUUUGGGGAGUAGUGCCACACGACUAGAAACUGUAAAGGUGUUUUUGUUUUUUGGCCUCGUUGUAGAAAUCCAUGUUUCCACUGUACAGAGCUGUUCCUACAUCCUCACAUUGUAUUUCUUCACCAUAAAUGCAGAAGUCGUACUGAGUCCGUCCUUCACCUCUGCAGAUGGAUUUAUCAUCUUCUCUUUUGGAUUCCUUAAGGAGAAAACAAGAUGUAUUGUCUUUUUGUCUGUUUUUUCUAUAUCGCUGUAAAAUCCAUCAAGACCUAAACCAGAGAAUGUACCACAUACCUGCAGAAAAUUAAAUGUCAAACUGCC